GAGCUUUUGUGACACGAAGAAGUCGUCAUCACACUUGGAUGUUCUAUCACCUUUCCGCUGCGGUUUGAAUUUUUGUUGAUCUUUUCUUCCAUCACCUGUCCUGGGUAAAGUAAUUAGAAGUUGAACUCGGUAUAGGGGCAAUCGUUCGUGUCGCACCUCCCCCCGCGCAUCAUCAAACAGCCUCGUUUUUUAUCCUGGCAUGGCGCUCGCCAGCUCCCCCAGCAGAUGGCGGAUGUUCGUGGCGGGUGGGCACACGACUCAAUUUUUGGGCAAGGGCCACCCGAGUUUCAUCCACCCCAAGCACCCGGAGUUUGGAAAGAAGCACAACCCCUCGUGGCGGGACUACAUGCAGGAAAGUGUGGUGGGUGCGGUAAAGGAUGCAUUCGGCCUACCGGACGACGACCCGGGGGCGCUCGACGCCGCGUGUGCUCAGGUCGACCGACUGUACGUCGGCAACUUUGCGGGCGAGCUCUUUGUGCAACAGGGGCAUCUGGGGCCCGCCCUGGUCGGGGUGUCUAAGCAGUUCCAAUACAAGCCGGCCAUGCGAAUAGAAGGCGCCUGCGCGAGCGGUGGCCUCGCGCUUGCCGCAGCGGUCGACGCGUUGCAAGCAGGGCAGGGAACCGAUAUUGCACUCGUCGCAGGGGUCGAGGUGCAGUCGACAGUAAGUGCGCGGGAAGGAGGUAGUACUGUUGAUUCGUUAGUACGUCUUGCUGUAAUACUUAUAUCGGGUUGUAGAUGCUCUUCUACUUCUACUCGCGCAUCCAUUUGUGCUGUGAAAAAUUUCUAGGUCAUUUUCGAGUACUCAAAUGAAAAAGUAACUUCUACAGGUACCUUUCUCGCGCGCGCGGCGGAUUUUGACCGACAAGCGAAAAUCGACGAUUUCGCGUUUCCGUGUUUGCUGGCGCGCCGGGCCAAGGCCUACUUGGACAAGUACCCGCGAGCGACCGGCAUGGCCAGCCUGAAUCCUUUCGUGGAGAAGGCCUACCGCAACGGCAACCUAAACCCGAAGGCGCACAUGCACAAGGUGCAGGUGAGCAGUGAGGCCUUGAAUUUGGACGACAAAAAUCCGUGUUUUCUGUCCAACGACGACUACAAGAGCUUCGUGCGGAUGCGGGACUGCAUAUUGCAAGGAAAAAUCCUCCCUCCCCAUACCAAAAGGGGACACUUCUGAAAAUUUGUGAUGCUGAUUUGAGACCACAAAUCGUCUCUGUGUUGCAAGAAGGCAAAUCCAAAAUCUCCGCCGCGUUCUGCAGGCAAUUUGUAAUGCUGUAUGGCCUACGGAGGACGCGCCUGCCUUGCCUCGCAUUAACACCAAAGCGCCCCUACGCCGGCUUUGUAUCUGGUUGCAGUCUUUCACUGCAAGACGCAGCCGAUUUGUGUACACAAAUGCCGCAUCACAGAGCUCCAUUUCGAUAUGGGGAGGGGGGGCGUUUCCUUUUGAUACUGCAGUCAAGUUUCUGACGGCGGCAGUUGCUUGGUCUUGUGUAACGAGAAGGGCGCCGAGAAGCUUCGCGGCGGCGUAAAAGAGAACCUCGUGGAACUUUGCGGCAUCGAGUACGGGUGCGGGAAUCUGUACCAGGACCCGGACGACUUGGCGAAGAUGGACACGGCAGCGGCUGUGGUGGGGCGUUUGCUGAAACGCACGGGCGUUUUGAACCCCAAAGAGGAAGUCGACGUGUUCGAGGUGCACGACUGUUUCAGCAUCGCGGAGGUGCUCAUGUACGAGGCCAUCGGGCUCACAAAGCCGGGUGAGGCGCUCGCAGAGGAAGUGGCAGCCACGGUCGGCAAAAAAGUCAAUACCGGUGGUGGAUUGCUCAGUUUCGGACAUCCAGUCGGGGCGACCGGAGUCAAGCAGGUGCACGAGUGCUACCGACAGAUUCGGGGACAGAGCGGCGACUACCAGCUCGCAGGAGAAGUAAAUCGGGGCCUUGCUGUGAAUAUGGGCGGCGACGACAAAACCAUUGUUGCAACACUGCUGCAGAAGUUGUAGAGGUAAAAGCCUUGCAAGCGACGCAGCCCGCCACGAUCAUCAGCAAUAGAAAUGCUCUUUUCCGACGUGUAACCAUAGUUUUGCUUCGUUCGCUUUUUGUGUUGUGAACGCUUCGCAGAAAAACAAAAAUUGCCUUGGCACAAAACAGCUGACGUUGCUUUUCGCAUUCAUCUUGGUUCUUGCUGCAAAUGUUCAUACUUUUAUCUUCGCAUGAAUGAUUUUUUGAAAUAAUAAUUUGUUCGUGCUGAUGCUGUAUGUUUCCUUUUCUAU